AUGAAACCAAGUAUAGCUCCAAGGUCUAAUAUUGCCCCUAGUCCAACAUCAAUAGCUUCGCCCCCAAUAAUUAAAACUUCAACUCCUCCAGGGGGUAUAAGUAUGUCUAAAGAAUGGGUUUUGCCACCCAGACCUAAACCUGGUAGAAAACCUAGUGUUGAUACUCCUGCAAGUAAGAGAAAGGCCCAAAAUAGAGCUGCCCAAAGAGCUUUCAGAGAAAGAAGAGCAACGAGAGUUCAAGAACUUGAACAAAAAUUGAUGGAAAUUGAAAAGGAAAAAGAUGUCAAGGAAAUGGCUUUAAUCAACACUAUCAACAAAUUAAAAGUUGAGAAUCAAUUCUUACUUAAAAAUGUGGAUCAAUUGAAAAAUGAAGUCAACUUCUUAAGAAAGAAUCAAAAUUCCGGUCAUAUGACUACCACACAAACCAGAAAUUCAAGUAUGGGAUCUCCAAUGGCUUUGAACUCCAAUUCCCCAGCAUCUUCAGUUUAUUCUGUCCAACAAAUUUCUCCUGCCCCAUCAGCUGAUUCCCCUCCUAAGAAAGAUGAUUUUGAUUGUGGAAUAUGUCUUAAGGAUGAAUGUCUUUGUGAAGAUGUUGGUAUCAAAGAAAAAUCCUUACAAUCUAAAAUUUCAAGUUUCAAACCAAUGCAAGCAGUUUCAUUAAAAAGAAAAGCUCCAGUUGAAGAAGUUGAUUUUACCAAGAGUUUUACUAAAAAACCAUUACCUGAUUUCAAAAAAGUUAAAUCUUUACCAAGAUUCAAUAAAAUAGAGCCAGAGCAUGUUAACAUACCGUCAAAUAAUCAUGAAAAAUUUGACGAAGGUUCACCUGUUGACAAUUGUGGAUUCUGUUCAGAUGACACUCCUUGUGUUUGUAGAGAAGCAGCUAAAGAAGCAGCUCUUUUGUCACAGAAAUUAAAUGAUGAACAAAAGUUUGAUGAUCACAAAACUGAAUUGCCUCCUAUUCAAUCUACAAAUGUUCGUAAGGUUUCAUUACCAGUAAUGCAUCCAGGUCCUUCAGUUGAAAUAAGAGAGAUUUCAAAUUUAACUCCAGGAGCUGUUCCUACAGUAACAACUCCAACCACAAGAAAUACUGAAUCUCCAAGUAAAUCUUUCGAUUGUACAGGAAAUCCAGGGACAUGUAGACAAUGUCAAAUGGAUCCAAUGUCGACAUUAUUUUGUACAACAGUUGCUAACAAAGGUAAGGAUGAAGAUUCAAAUUCUUCAGGAUCUUCAAAGGUUUCAACCCCAGCACCAAUUAUUGAGGAAGAAUCCAAUCAAUUACCCCCAGUUCAAGAAAUAUCAUCUUCAGUUAGUUCCACAUCAUUGAGUUCUACUGAUAUGUUUAUUCCUUGUGCUGAUGCUUAUAAGACUUUAUCCAGACAUAAGAAAUUCAAUUCUGUGGAUUUCAGUACGUUAGUGGGUAAGUUAACUACCAGAGGUAUGCAAGUUGAAGUACAAUCGGUUGCAAAUGUUUUAAGGGAAUUGGAUAGAAGGUUAUAUAAUUAG